UUUCAGCGUGUGUAGUCGUUAGAGGGCUCGUGUAUAGAUUGUGACACAAAGGGCGUCGUUUUUUGUACAUACAAUUAGUUAUAUAAAAAAAUAAUUGAUACUGCAACAAAUUAUAUUAUCGAAACAUAAAUAUAUAUAACGUGUUUAAAAAGUUAAUAAUGUUUAACCUCAAGAAUAUCUUAAUAUGAGGCCUCAAAAGUAUGCUUAUACAUUCCAAUGCAUUCCAAUAGUAUUGAAAUUACUUGUGCUGUUAUUGUACAUUGUCCAGACGUCUUGCAGUGCUCAUAAUGACUGGAACUCAAAAAGUGUGGAAAAAGAUAAAGAAAACAUAUUUAAAUUUACUAGAAAUGCAUACAACGUAACCAUUCCAGAAAAUAGCAUUGGUAAAACGUAUGCAAAGCCAAAAGUAUACGACUAUAAAAUUGGCAUAGAAAUCCAAAAAAGAUGCGCAGUCAAUUUUCGAAUUGUUUCCGGAGAUAAAGAUAAGCUCUUUAAAACUGAGGAGAGAAUAAUCGGAAAUUUUGCAUUUUUGGCUAUUAGAACUAGAACUAGCAACGUGGUAUUAAACAGAGAAAAAAAUGAAGAAUAUGUUUUGAACAUUAAAGCGUUUAUUUCAUGCCCAGAAAUUAAACCUAAAUUGUCUUAUGAGGAUGAAUGCACAAUGUAUCUUCAAGUACUUGAUCGUAAUGAUUUAAGUCCUCUGUUUUAUCCCACAGAAUACUCUGCUACUAUAUCGGAGGAUCUUCCAAUACAUAGCAGUAUUUUAACUGUAACUGCCGAAGAUGCAGACCUUGGUUUAAAUGGAGAAAUUUAUUAUAGUUUCUUGGAUGAUAACCCUUACUUUGUUAUUCACCCUUCCACCGGUGUUAUAUCAAAUGUAAGACUUUUGGAACAUUUAGGAGAUCAACAGCUCGUAAUUGUUGUUCUUGCUGUUGACCGAGGAUCAGCUCUUAACCAUUAUAAUCAUCAGUCUAGUAAGGCUAAAGUUCAUAUUAAUAUACAAAAGACUAAUUUAUUUGCUCCUGAAUUACAUGUCACCACACUCUCAAAUACAGUUGUUAACGAAAGUAUAAUUGUUGAAAAUAAAGUAUAUGGUAUUAUACAGGUGUUUGAUAAAGACAGUGGCCGCAAUGGAGAAAUAAAUUCAGUGAAAAUAAUAUCCGGUGAUCCCAACGGCAACUUCCGUCUAACUGAAACUGAAACAAAUGGGGAAUAUUAUAUAAACUUGAAUAAGUUAUCAACAUUUAAUAAUUCUAGAAAUGUUUUUAACUUAACUAUUAGAGUAGAAGACAACGGAAUUCCUAUAAAAUUUAGCUAUAAAGUUGUUCCAAUUAUUAUCAACGUGGAAAAAAAUAAUGGUCCUGUUUUUACAAAGCAGUUUUACGAAGUAUCAAUACCAGAAACUUCUCCACCAAAUAUGCCGGUGAUACGAUUAAAAGUAACUGACCCUGAUUUUGGUAGAAAUGCAUUGGUAACAUUAGAAAUAGUAGGAGGUAACGAAGGAGGUGAAUUCAGAAUUAAUCCCGAUUCGGGAAUGUUAUAUACACAAAAAGCUUUAGACGCAGAGAAAACUUCAUUUUAUACCCUUACUGUGACCGCCAUUGACCAGGCUAACUUAGGAGUUCGAAAGCAAUCCUCUGCUAAAGUAAAAAUUAAUAUUUUGGAUAUAAACGACAAUGAUCCUAUAUUUGAUGAUAACGUAUCGACAGUCUCUUUAAAUGAAAAUGAACUUGCCGGAACUUUUGUUACAAAAGUGUCUGCUAGAGAUAAUGAUUCUGGGGAAAAUUCGUAUAUUUCUUAUAGUAUUGCUAAUCUUAAUGAUGUUCCAUUUGAUAUAGAUCAUUUUAGUGGAGUAAUAAGAACAAGUUCCCUAAUAGACUAUGAAGUUAUGCGUCGCACGUAUAAAUUAAGAAUCAGAGCAUCGGAUUGGGGAUUACCUUUUCGAAGGCAAACCGAAAAAGAAAUUUUAAUAAAAAUAAAUAAUAUAAAUGAUAACAGACCUCAAUUUGAACGAGUUAAUUGUGUUGGUAAAAUAUCUCGGAAUGCUCCAGUUGGAACCGAUAUCUUUACAUUAUCCGCUAUCGACUUUGAUGUUGGUGAUUACAUAACAUAUCGUUUGCUUUCUGGAAACGACGAUGGUUGUUUUAACCUAGAUCCAACGACAGGCAUUAUAACUAUUGGCUGCGAUUUAAAGGAUGUGCGGUCAUCUCAUCGCUUCUUAAAUGUCUCUUCUACUGAUGGAACACAUUUUUCGGAUGAAAUGACCAUUGAAAUUAGGCUUUUAGGAAAUCAAAUGUAUGAAAUUCUCACAAAUAUUGACGAAAAUGGCUACACCAGUUUUGAAUGUCAUGAAACGGGAAUUGCUAAAAAAUUAGCAGAUACAUUAGCAACUUCGGAACGAAACAAUAUGGUUGAUAAGGAGAUAAAUAGUGAUGAAUACAUUUUAAUGCCAAGUAGAUAUGGUCAAAACUUACACAAUCCAGAAUUUAUUAGUUUUCCUAUGGAAUUAAAAAUUAACGAAAGUCUUACCUUAGGGGAAACAAUAACAUGGUUUAAAGCUAAGGACAGAGAUUUGGGUUAUAACGGUAAACUAAUUUUUGGAAUAUCAGAAGGUGACUUCGAUUCAGUAUUUCGUGUUGAUCCUGACAGCGGAGAGUUACUUUUAAUAGGAUACCUAGAUAGAGAACGCCAGGAUGAAUACGUUUUAAAUAUAACUGUUUGUGAUUUAGGACAGCCCUGUAAAUGUGCAUCUAAAAUGUUAACCGUGACAAUUUUGGAUGUUAAUGACAACCCACCAGUAAUACAGAAAUCUCUUGCCAGAUUCCAUUUAAGGGAAGAUGUAGAUAAUAAAACACAAAUAUUCUGCCUCAAAGCAACAGAUGCUGAUUUUGGAGUAAAUGCUUUAAUUGAAUUUAAAAUGAAAACAGAAACAACAAACUUUGCAUUAAAUUCUACCACUGGAUGCUUAUUUGUAAAUGGUAAACUGGAUAGAGAACAAACAGAAGAACAUAAACUCAAAAUUGUUGCUAAAGACAAAGGAUAUCCCUCUCUUUCGGCUGAAGCCUUAAUUUCUAUUAUUUUGGAUGAUGUAAAUGAUAAUCCUCCCAUUUUUGGAGUUCAAGAAAUACUUUUUAAAGUUCGUGAAGAUCUUCCCAAAGGAACAAUGAUAGCACAAAUUGAAGCAAGUGAUUUUGACUCCGGUAUAAAUGGAGAAAUUUUAUUUUUUCUAAAAGAAGAUACUCUUAAUAAUUCGUUGUUUAAAAUUGAUAAACAUAGUGGUGUUAUUCGAACUCAGGGUUAUUUAGAUUAUGAAAAUCAGCAAGUACACAACCUUAUGGUUUGCGCAAUUGAUCGGGGAACUCCUGCUCUUACAUCAAAUAUGCCAGUUGUGGUUGAAGUAAUAGACGUCAAUGAAAAUCGCUUUGCACCUGAAUUCGACGAUUACGUAUUUGUAAGCAAAAUUAAGGAGGAUAGUCCUAAGGGAACUAUUGUUAUGAAUAUAUCGGCUAAGGAUCUGGAUGAAAAAGGCCCUAAUUCUGAAAUUGAAUACUUUAUACGCAGUGGUGAUGGACUUGGGAUAUUUUCUGUUAAUGAUAAGGGUUCAAUUCGUACGUUGUCACAUCUUGAUGUUGAAUCGAAAAAAUUUUACUGGCUAACAUUAUGUGCUCAAGAUGGUGCAAUAGUUCCCUUGGUUAGCUGUGUGCAGGUCUACAUAGAAAUCGAAAAUGUAAAUGACAAUGUGCCACUUACGAAUAAACCCGUAUAUUAUCCAAUAAUAAAAGAAGGAAGUCCUCCAAAAACAAGAGUUAUUUUAUUAAAUGCUACAGAUGAUGAUGAAGAUCCUGACACACUUAUAACAUAUAAAAUAAUAUCGGGAAAUCCGGAAGGAUUUUUUGAGAUAAAUAAGACAACAGGUGAACUUUUAACAACAGAGAGGAAAUUGGACAGAGAAAAUCAAGCGGAACAUAUAUUGGAGAUUUACAUUUCGGACAACGGCCAACCGGCCUUAUAUUCUACAACUAGAGUUGUCGUGUUAGUUGGCGAUAUCAAUGAUAAUGCCCCGCAAUUUGACCAACGUUUUUAUAAAGUACAAGUCCCUUCGUCUAUUGUAACGAACGUGUCAAUUACUCAGAUUCAAGCAACAGAUAAUGAUAUCGGUGAUAAUGGAAAAAUAUCUUAUUCCAUAAAGUCGGGAAAAGGAAAAAAUAAAUUCCGCAUAAAUUCUGAAACCGGAUUAAUUUACGUCAUCAAACCAUUGGAUCCUGAUAGUGAAUAUGAGCUGGUUAUUAAGGCGGAAGAUUAUGGAUUACCAAGAAAAAGUCAAACAGCUAGAUUAAAUGUCGUAGUCAUACCAAUAUUAGAAGAAUCAUCCCUCCCACCGAAAAUUAAGACUGAGAACAAUGUUGUUGAAGUUACUGAGAGUGACAAACCAGGCUUUCUUGUGACACUGAUACAGGCUACAGAUGAAGACAGUGACCAUUUGUGGUACAACAUAAGUGGUGGAAAUGAAAAUAAUGAAUUUUAUAUUGGACAUGAUAAUGGAAAUGUCUUAUUAUCCAAAUCUUUAAACUGGGAGUUUCAAAAAUUUUAUAAUUUAACUAUAAGCGUCGCUGAUGGAACAAAUGUUGUUAAAACUAAAUUAUAUGUCCAUGUGGUUGAUACGAAUGACAACAGGCCACAGUUCACAAAAGAAUUAUAUAUUGUUAAUAUCUCUGAAAGUGUCAAAGAAGAAUCAAUAAUAAUGCAGUUACAUGCAACUGAUGACGACGAAGAAAAGAAAAUAUUUUACACAUUACAUGGUUCUAAAGAUCCAUCAUCUUUACAUUUUUUUCGUAUAGAUUCGGUAACAGGAAAUGUCAUAGUAACGCAAAGACUAGACUAUGAAAGGAUAAAACGUCAUGUGUUAACUGUCAUUGCAAAGGAUCAGGGAACACCAGCUAAAAGAAAUUAUGCAAAAAUAAUUAUCAAUGUAUAUGAUCACAAUGAUCAUUACCCUGAAUUUACGAGCAAACUACUCCAAACUAAAAUUCCGGAAAGCUCAGCAAUUAAAUCUAAAGUUGCACAACUAAACGCAAUAGAUCGAGACAGCGGAAAGAAUGGUGAAAUUAGAUAUUAUAUUGUGAGUGGUAAUGUAGGAAAUAUUUUCGAGAUAGAUAACAUUCUUGGAACAAUAUAUCUUUCACAAAACCUUGACAUACUGCAGAUGCAAGAAUAUAUGCUACAAGUGAAAGCAGUAGAUUGUGGAAAUCCUCCAUUAGCAUCUCAAAUACCAGUUCAUAUAAUUGUAACAAUGUCAGAUAAUGAUCCUCCAAAAUUUAAUUCACUUACAUCAUCAAUUGAGUUAUAUGAAAAUCUUCCUGUAGGGUAUUUCGUAACUAAAUUGGAGACCAGAUCAUCGUCUUCCGUUUUUUAUAAUAUAGUUGAAGGAAACGAUGAAGGCUUUUUUUAUAUUAACCCCUCCACUGGCGUUAUAUUGGUGAAUUCAAAAAUUGAUUACGAAAAAAAUAGGCAGUUUAAUCUAACAAUAAAGGGAACGAAUAUGGCGUCGGCAUCAUCAAUUCAUAAUGCUAUAGUUCACAUUUUAGAUGUUAACGAUAAUAUUCCAGUUUUUAUUCAAACAGACUAUUAUGGCAAAAUAUCAGAAUCCUCCGAACCAGGAACUUAUGUCUAUUGCAACGAUAGUCAAAACAGUUUAAUUUUCUUAAAAACUUUGGAUGCAGAUGCUGGUCAAAAUAGCAUUUUAGAAUUCACUAUAUUGGAUGAAAUAUCACGUCAAUAUUUUGAAAUAGAUUCAACAACAGGGACGAUAAAGCUUUUGCAGAAAUUAGAUUAUGAAUCUAAAACUAAUUUCAAAUUUAAUGUUGUGGUUAACGAUAAAGGAAGUCCUAAAUUAUUUUCUCAAAACUUGGCUAAUGUAAUAAUUAGUGUCAUAAAUGUCAAUGACUGUCCACCUGAGUUUACAAAAAAAGAAAUUAAUGUAACUCUCUAUUUGCCAACUUAUGAAGGAGUGAGAGUUGCCCAAAUUACAGCUAUAGAUAUGGAUUCUAAUAACGAUUCUGACAUUCGUUACGACAUUGUUGAUGGAAAUGUUAAUAAUAGCUUUGAGAUAAACAAAUUCACAGGCGAAAUAACAUUAAGGAAUAUGAGCAAAUUGGAUCCUUCAUAUGCUUUACACGUGCGAGCAUCGGAUGGAUUAUUUUCGGCAAUAGCGCAAGUUGAUAUCAAUGUAAAGAUGAUUGAAAGCCCAAAUUUUUUAUUUCAAAAAGAGAAAUAUGAAUUUUCCGCUGUUGAAAAUUCAACUAAGAUUUCUAUAAUUGGCAUCGUAAAUGUCAUCGGAAAUUUACUUGUGGAAAAUGUAGAAUUUCGAAUUUUAAAUCCAACAAACUUAUUUGAAAUUGGUAAGACAUCUGGUGCAAUAAAAACUAAAGGGGUUGUAUUAGACAGAGAAUCUACCGACGAGUACAUAUUAAUAAUAGAAGCUGUAUCACUUUUAUAUAAAAACAAUAAAAGUCAUUUUCGACGAGCUAUUACCCAAGUCAUCAUCAGUAUUCUAGAUGUAAAUGACAAUUGUCCAAUAUUUGUGAAUUUACCUUAUUAUGCAACGGUUUCAAUGGAAGACUUACGAGGAUCAGUAAUCAUUAAUAUUAGAGCUAUUGAUUUGGAUGCUAAUGAAAAUGGAGAAGUUCGUUAUGAAAUGAAAAAAGGCAAUGGAGAACUCUUUAAAAUCGAUAGAAAAAGUGGCGAUAUUUCAUUAAAGCAAAAUAUAGACAAAAUUGAUAAGAACUACGAAAUUAUAGUGGCAGCGUAUGAUAAUGCAUUAACACCAUGUUACGCAGAAGUUCCUGUAUUAAUAAAGGUUGUGGAUAAGUCAAUGCCAAUUUUCAACAAGCAGUUCUAUUCUGUCAGUAUAAGGGAAGAUGUAGAACUGUUUUCUGCACUUUCAUUAAGCAUUCAAGCUGAAAGCCCAUUACAAAGGAGUUUAAUUUUUACAAUAUCAUCAGGAAAUGAUGAUGAAUUUUUUGAAAUAGAUUAUAGAACAGGUAUCCUCUAUCUGGUGAACAGUCUGGAUUUUGAAAAGCAACGAUCAUACCAAUUGUUUAUUGCAGCUACUGAUAGUGUAUCUGGCGUAUACGCCGAGGUACCUGUCUCAAUUUCGGUGGAAGAUGCAAAUGAUUGUUAUCCACUUAUAGAACAAGAAAACUAUAACAUCACUCUUCCAGAAAAUACUUUCCUUGGGAGUCAAAUUUUAAAAAUUGAUGCCAGUGACUGUGAUUUUGAUGCUAGUAGCAUACUUUCAUAUGUUAUUGAGUCCAUUAAUGGUGAAGUCGAUUCAAAUCUAUUUUAUAUUGAUAUAGCGGACGGUUCGUUAUAUUUGAAACACCAAUUAAACUAUGAAGAAUGUAAAUCAUAUAUAAUUGUUAUCAGUGUUAAUGACCACGGAACACCAUCGUUACGAUCCAGGGCAAAUGUUUGGAUUGAAGUUGAAGAUUUAAAUGAUAAUGGGCCAAAGUUCAUUGAACCAUCAUUUUCCAGUAAAUUAUCAAUAUCCGCAAAAAGGGGACAAUUUGUUACUAUAGCAAAAGCUUAUGAUGCCGAUGAUUGCGAUAUCAAUAAACUAGUUUACAAGAUUGUUGAUGGAAAUGAACACCAACUUUAUUCAAUUGAAGAAACUACUGGUCUCAUUAUCUUGCAAAAUAAUCAGAGACUCCAAAACCAUAAACAAACUAUACUAAAUAUUUCAGUUACCGAUGGACUACAUACUAGUUUUGCCAGAGUAAAAAUUAAUCUGUUACCUGAAAAUCUUCACGCCCCGGUUUUUGAAAACCAAUAUUAUGAAGCUUAUGUUUAUGAGAAUGAUGACCAGGAUAAAUUUAUUGUAAAAGUUAAAGCAAUUGAUAACGAUUUUGGAAUAUAUGCAACUUUAACCUAUGAAAUAAUUGGAGAUGAUAUGAAUUCCAUAUUUUCGGUGGAUAGAAACACUGGUUCUUUAUACACAAAAGAUUCCCUAAACAGGGAACAAAAAUCAACGUUUGAUGUUAUUGUUAAAGCUUCUGACGGAGGUGGAAAAUUUGGAUUUACUUUGGUGAAGGUUAAAGUUGUAGACGUCAAUGAUAAUGCUCCAUACUUUUUGCUGAAAGAUUUUAAAAUUACAGUAAAACACGAUGUUAAAGUAAAUUCUGUCAUUGCUAAGAUUUCAGCGAUAGAUAUAGAUGAAAAUAAUAACAGCGUCUUAAAUUAUACAAUGGAAAAUUCAACAUUAAAUCCGAUAUAUAUGGAAUAUUUGUCACUAGGCAAUGAAGGAGAUCUACGUAUAACAAAGUCCUUUUUAAACUUUUCCAAUGAAUUAAUAGAAUUUUUCGUUAAAGCGACUGAUAAUGGUGAUAAACCUUUGAGUAAUAUUUUACCGGUAUCAUUGCAAGUCGUGUAUUCAAAUAUAACAAUACCCUCUUUUGAAAAGGCUGUAUUGAACAUAAAUGUCGAAGAGUCUUAUUCGCCUGGCUCAAUAUUAGCAAAAUUAAAAGUAAAUGGCAAUUUUUCAGUCAAAAUUUCGUUAGUUUCGGAGUCACCAAAGUUCUCUAUAACUGAAAAUGGAGAAAUUAUGUUAAUGCAGUUGUUAGACAGGGAGGUGUCUAGUGUGGAACACAUUAUUGCAAUGUCAGAAACUUCAACGGUCCCUCCUUUAUAUGCGUAUAUCGACAUAUUUUUUAAUGUUCAGGAUGAAAACGAUAAUUUUCCAAAAUUCUCAAAUAUAGUAUACAAUGUUGAAAUUCCGGAAAAUGCUGAAAAGGGUUCAUCUGUUAUAAAAGUAACAUGUGUGGAUGCAGAUGAGGGCCCUAAUGGCGAUGUACGAUAUUAUUUAGAAGAUGAAACAUAUUCAAAAAUAUUUGAAAUCGAUAUUUACUCCGGAUGGAUAACAUUGCUUUCAACCUUAGACAGAGAGUCGCAGUCAGAAUAUUAUUUUAAUGUUUUGGCAAGUGACAACGGUCAGCCUAAACAAAUAUCUAAAGCUCCUGUAUCCAUAACUGUAUUGGACUGUAAUGACAACCCCUCCAUAUUCAAACAAAACUAUCAGGAUCUAUUUGUAUCGGAAAAUGUUAUACCUGGAACUGUUUUAUUACGACUUUUAGUAACAGAUUUGGAUUCGCAAAAAAACCAUUUAGAUUUCUUUAUAGUAUCUGGUGACAAUUACUCUCAGUUUCAAAUCUCAAACAGCGGAGAACUAUUUGUUUCAAAGAAACUUGAUCGCGAAUUCAUAGAAAAUUAUAAUCUCAGUGUAGCAGUGACCGAUGGAAAAUUUAUUUCGUAUGCGUAUAUAUUUAUUAACAUUAAUGAUGAAAAUGAUAAUUUUCCAAUAUGCUUAAAACCGAGAUACAACAUUAUUGUCAAUGAAUCGACACCUGUGGGUAGUAUAUUAGUUGAAAUAAUUGCUAUAGAUCGCGAUGUCAAUCCCAACAACAAAAUGAGAUACUAUUUAACGGGUAACUUCUCAGACGAUUUUUUCAUUGACAAAGAUUCUAGAGAACUAAAAAUUGCUAAACAGUUAGAUCGUGAAAAGCAUUCAAAGUAUAUUUUGCUCGUUCAUGUUCAAGAUGGAAAAGAAUUAUUAAAGGAGUGUGUUAGUGAAGUUAUUAUCGCUGUCAGUGAUGUAAAUGAUAACAAUCCAGAAUUUUCAAUGAAACAAUAUAUCGUUAGUAUACCUGAAGAUGCUCAAAUUAACACAAUUGUAACCAAAAUUCAUGCAACUGAUAAAGAUUUUGGAUUAAAUAGAAAAUUGUCAUACUCUUUUUUGGAAGCAAAUGAUUUUUUUGAGAUCACUUCUUCUAAUGGCAUUAUAAAAUUAACGAGAUCUUUAGACAGAGAAAAUACAUCUAUCUUUAAUAUAUCAGUAAAAGCUGAAGAUUAUGGAACUCCUAAAUUGUAUUCCAUAGCAAAUCUUACCAUACAUAUAUUAGACAUCAACGAUAAUCCUCCAGUAUUUAAUUUAAAGCAUUAUAAAACGUUUUUAUCGGAGAAAUCGCCAAUAGAUUCUGUCGUUUUAAAAGUUCACGCUACAUCUGAAGAUAUCGGUAUAAAUGCUGAAAUAUUAUAUUAUAUUAUUGGGGGAAAUGAGCAACAAAAGUUUAAAAUCGAUUCUAAAACAGGAGUGAUUUCAGUAAAUUUAGAAAUUGACUAUGAAAAAACUAAGUCAUUUUUUUUGACAGUGCAAGCAAUUGAUGGAGGAACGCCACCACUUAGUAGUCAAGCAUUUGUAAACAUCACAGUAUUGGAUAUUAAUGACAAUCUUCCACAAUUCACACAAAACCUUUAUCGUAUUCGUGUGGCUGAAAAUACAAAAAAAGGACAAAUUAUAUGCCAGAUUACUGCUACUGAUGAGGACUCUGAACAAAAUGGUAUUGUAAUGUACCAUAUAGAAAGAGGGGAUAGAUUAAAUCAGUUUUCUAUCGAUGAAUUUAUGGGAGAAAUCUAUAUUAACAAUGACAUUGAUCGAGAAACAAUAUCAUCAUAUACUCUUGAGAUAAGGGCAUGUGAUAAUGGAAUCCCGCAAUUGUGCAGUUAUGUUCAAGUACUAAUAGAUGUAUUAGAUAUAAACGAUAAUCCACCAUUAUUUAAAAACUCAAAUUACAGCAUUAUUUUGCAAGAGAAUAAGCCUCUGGGAUUUAUAAUAAUUACGUUUGAAUUGUCUGAUGCUGACGAUUUUCCAAAUAGUAGUCCAUUUACAUUCGACUUUAAGAGUGGAAAUGAGGGAGGAUUUUUUCGAUUAGAACAAGAUGGUAGCCUGAGAACUGCCGCUCGAUUUAACCAUCGCAUUUGCGAUGAGUAUGUAUUGCAAAUUAGAGUUUUCGAUAAUGGCACCCCACCUCUGUAUUCUGAUACAUGGAUUUCAAUCAAAAUAAUCGAAGAAAGUCAGUAUCCACCUGUAAUUACACCUUUAGAAAUAACAGUUAACUCUUAUGAUGACGAUUUUGCUGGUGGAUUUCUUGGCAAAAUAUAUGUCUCAGAUCUGGAUAAAUAUGAUACUUUUACAUUUGAACUUGCUGCAACCCAUGGGUAUGAAUAUUCCAUCCUUAGAUUAUUCAACAUAUCGAAGAACACUGGAGAGCUAUUUGCACUAAAGAAUCUUGACAUCGGUCUAUAUCAAAUAAAUGUUACUGUUUCAGAUGGAAAAUUCAUUUCUCAUGCGAUUGUGCGUUUAAAUGUGGAAAUUAUUACAAAUGAAAUGGUUAAAAACUCCAUAAUUAUUAAAUUUGGAAAUGUUACCCCAAAAGACUUCAUUUUAAGUCAUCGUAAAGCUUUUAUACGAUCAAUUCGUGAAAUAAUGAGAUGUGGCCAAAAAGAUGUUAUUAUUAUUGCUCUUAAUCAUGAUCAGAUUCUUGCGAAUGAAAAUAAUAAAACUAAUAUGUUAUUUAAUAGCAAUCAUUCUAGAAGACGACGAUCCUAUAAUAUUUUAGAAGUGGUUUUUACAGUGCAGAAGCAACAAAUCAUUCCAACAUCAGAAAACUAUUAUUCUUCUGAUGAAAUACGUUAUAAGAUAUUAAAAAAAAUUGAAGAAAUAGAAUAUAACUCAAAUCUUUUGGUAGAAGAGCUGGUACCAAAUGAAUGUAUAUCAAGUACAUGCGUUCAUGGUGAAUGUAAAAAGCAACUGCGUAUAAUGAAAAACGACUUUCACACAUACUACACAGAUGUUGUUAGUUAUGUUUCACCAACAUACAUAUAUAUAAAUAAUUGUUUAUGCAAGCAAGGUUUUGACGGGAAAAAUUGUGAUGAGCCCAUCAACGCAUGUUCGUCUGAUCCAUGUACUGUGCAGAAAAAAUGCUGGCCAGCCGACACUGCUAUCGGUUACCAGUGUAUAUGUCCCACGGGCUAUUCAGGCUUGAACUGUGAAAUUCAAGCUGUAAAAUGUCAAAAUAAUACUUGUUCAAAUUUCCAAACACCAGUUUCGUUUAGUGGAAAAAGCUACGCACAUUAUAAAAUAAAUAAAUCUGUAGCUCGGAGUAUUAUAGAAAGUCAAUUUUCUUUUUCGUUAAAUGUGCGGACUGUACAGCAAUCUGGAACUCUAGUUUAUGCAAGUGGUCCCAUAGAUUACAAUAUAAUUGAGAUUUUAAAUGGAGCUCUUCAAUACAGAUUUGAUCUUGGAUCUGGAGAGGGUCUGGUUGUAGUAUCUAGUGUAAAUAUAUCUGACGGAGCCUGGCACACCAUAAAACUAGAGCGUAUCCUUAAUACUGCGAAGGUUGUGGUUGAUAGUAAGCACUUUUCUCAAGGAAGUGCUCCUGGAGUUAACAUUAUAUUGAAUCUGCAAACAAAUGAUUUUUUUGUGGGAGCAGAAGUCAAACCUCAUCACACUAUAAUUGGAUAUGAAGACAUUCAUAGGGGUUUUAUAGGCUGUAUGACCGAUUUAAGAAUUGGAAAUGAAAUGUUACCUCUUUAUAUAUCAGGAGGUAGUACUGUAGCUGCUUUAAAGCGAUUUACUAACGUCGAAUUUCACUGUGAUCCCGCAAAAGUUUUAAUAAAUUUGGGUAUUUGCAGCAGUCAACCCUGUCUAAAUGCAGGCUUUUGUCAAGAUCUCGGUGAUAAAUUUAAAUGUGUAUGUCCAGAGCGAUUUUCUGGAAAAUUGUGCGAAGUUGAUUUAGAUCCAUGUGCAUCAUCUCCCUGUUUAUAUGGUGGUCAUUGCGAACAUUUUGGUCCUAAUAAUUAUUCAUGCAUCUGUCCAAGUCAUCUAUCAGGCAGAAGAUGCGAAUAUGGAAAAUUUUGCUCACCUAAUCCAUGCAAAAAUGGAGGAAUAUGUGAAGAAGGCGAUGGUAUUCCACAUUGUAUGUGUAGGGGAUUUACGGGAACAAUGUGUGAAAAUGAUGUGGACGAAUGUGAAAAUCAUCCAUGUGGAAGUGGUGCAACUUGUAUUAAUGAAGCUGGUAGUUUUAGAUGUAUUUGUCCAUCAUAUCUAACAGGAGCUAGCUGCGGAGAUCCGUUGUAUUCAAAUUCAAUUUCUACAAAAAUUAGAAAUUUUUCAAUCGAAAAUAUAACAGGCAUAAUAUGCGGAGUUACAUUUGUUUUCAUAUUUUGUAUAUUAAUGCUACUCUGCAUAAUUUUGAAAAAGAAUUACUCAAGAACGAUAAGACAAAAUCCCGAUAGAAUCAAAAAUACUUAUAAGGAAACAACAUUGAAUUCUCUCCUACAAAAGGAUAAGAAUAAUAAACAGAAUACUAAGCUCAGUAAUCUAGAAGUUAACCACCGACCAAUCAGUUAUACUCAAUCAUCUACAGAUAAUAAUAUGUUUUCAACAAAUACCCAUUUCGUUAAUAAUUUGGACAUUUUAAGAAGCUAUGGGUCUGCUGGAGAUGAACUCGAAAAUAUAGCUUUUGAGUAUCAGAAAAUAAACUUACAUAAUCAAAAUGUGAAUAUUAAUAACGAGAACAUAUCAGACGUUGCUACGUCAUCAUAUAAAACAGACUGGUGCGAUCAAAUGCAAUUGAAGACGUUUUGUGAAAAUAAGCUUAAUAAUGGAAAACCAAUAGAUUAUCACAAUUUGCCAUUAAAUCGUCUUACAUCAAUAAAAUCCAACUGUGGAAAACUUAUUCAAGUUACGAUGCCCAACGUCUGUCAAUCAACAUUUGGUGGGGAAUACUCAUCUCUUGGUCAGUACCACUGGGACUGUUCGGAUUGGGUUAGAAAUAGUCACAAUCCUUUGCCAGAUAUAACAGAAGUACCUGCGGAGAUUGCAGAUUCAACUAGUUUUGAUAGUAAUGAAAGUAAUGAGUCUAAACCUAAAUCAACUUCUAUUCCAAAGUUUUCCAUGUUAAAAGUAAAUCCGGUCAGAGAUAUUUCAACAUUACCCGAAGAUUUAGUUUCUGACUCUGUCGAUUCUGAGCUACAAGACAUCCAAAACAUAAGACUGCCAUUAAGUAGUAAUUCGCUAUCAAGACUGAGCCCCAUAUAUUAUAGUGAGAACGAAGACUACACAUUAAAUUCAGUGCCUUUCAGAUGUAUCACAAAAUGUAAAAUGUACGUAAGACACCCUGACACAUAUUUGCCACCUUUGAGCAAUCUCAGCGAAACAGAAGGGGAAAGUUCAUCGAAUGACAAAUGUACAAAAACCAAUGAUGAUUUGGAACAUUCUAAAAGAAAAUUAAGUGUGAAUUCCGAUGAGGCAUUUCUGUGCAACAAAAGUCCGUAUAGCAGCAAUAUUUCCGUACAUCUUUGUGAAAUCGAAGAUUCAGAACUCGAAGAAUUCUUGCCUAAAAGAAAAGAAACGCCGGCGAUACCCGAUUGACUUUAAAUAUCAACUAGUUUUCCAUUUUCCUCUUUUACUGUAUGUAGUACCUUUAAUAAUAUAAAUACAACAAAAUAUUUUAAUACAA